GCAUGCUUCACACUGGGGAUCAAGCGUACAUCGGGGGCAUGUGCCCUGAUCAGGAAUCGAACCCUGACUUCUUAGUUUUUAGGUCGACGCUCAAUCACGCCUGCUGGGCUGUAGCUGAUCUUAAUUGAGUCUUUCAACAAAUGUCCAGAAAUGGAACUGCCUGUUUGAAAGUUUAUGCAUAUUUUGAUUGACUUUAGAGACAGAGAGAGAGGGAGAGAGAGAAAUAUCGAUUUGGAGUUCCACUGACUGAUGCACUCAUUGGUUGAUUCUUGCACAUGCCCUGACCAGGAAUUGAGCUCUGCAACCUGGGCCUAUUGGGAAGACACUCUGACCACUUAACUGUCCUGCAGGGUGAAAGUCUGUAUACUUUAAGGCUUUCAGUAAAUCUUGUCCAAGGACCCUUCACCAACAGAGCAUGGGGGUCAAGUGUCUCCAUUCUGGAAUAUGGCAUUUCCCUCUCCAAUAUAGCACCGCUCACCCCCAGGGGGCAGGUCCAGGUCAUGGGACCCACCCUCAUGACGCCCUUUCUUGGUUUGCAGAUCCCCUGGAUACCUAGCCAUGGCCUUGUUCAACAAGGCCAAUUGCCAGGCAGCGAUGUUAGCCCUCAACAUGCUGGGAUGGAUCUUUACCAUGGUUUCCAUGGGCCUGCCUAAUUGGCGCAUAUGGUACAUAGAUAGCAGCCCUGCACCCCCCUGGGGGCUGGCCUGCGUAGGGAUGUGGAAGGUCUGCACUUACCAGCCCAAUAGCCUCCAGAGCAGACCCAUGGCGUGUCACCGCUACACCUACAGUGACGCCUACCUGCCAUUGGAUAUCCUCCUCGCUCAACACCUGCUGCUGGCCGCCAGCUUCCUUGCUUUCCUGGGGAAAAGGUUCAUUGUCAUGGGCCUGCGGAGAGGGUACGCUACACAGCUUCAGAAGGACACCACCUGCGACCUGUUCUUCACUUCCAGAAUGCUGAGCAUCACAGCUGGUGCAUUUAUCUCCAUCGCUGUCCUCUGUAACUACUACGCCGUGAUAAAUGAAGAGGCCAUACACUUCCCGCCCUCCUUCCACAUCCCCUACAGGCCGGACCGGCAGGAGAUGGGCAGCACCGUGUAUCUGGCGAUUCUGGCUGCAUUGCUGAUGUUGUUCAGUGGGCUGUUUACCAUCUCUUUCCAGCAGCCCCCCCAACAGCCAAAUGUAUCCCCAAUCUCCCAAGUGUAAAGUUCCAGUUGCAUAGCUUUGCAAAUCCACGAUGAGCAGUUUAUGGGGGCGAAGUAACCAUGAAAUAGAUCCAAGGACUCAUGACCAUGGCAAAGGUCAUCUUUAGCAGCAAGUGGCCAUAUUCUGCUUUGUACAAAUUGGGCUCAUCGAU